AUGAGCACAAAAAAUACUUCAGUUCUUUUGCAAGUGGUGGAAACGGAGACGAGUCUACAAUUCGAAGUUUUUACAACAACGAACACUCUUGACAUGAGCACAGAAAUUUCAACACAUCACACUGUUUCUGUUCAGUCUGUUCUACCCAAUAUUCCAUCGGAUGUACGAUGGGACCAGAAGGAGAUAACUGUUGCUGGCGGCCAUGAACGAGGUAAUGCCACCAACCAACUAUCAUAUCCUUAUGGCCUGUUUAUUGACGAUGAUGAUGAAGCAACGAUCAUCACUGACUACAGCAAUCAUCGCAUCGUCAAGUGGAAGAUUGGUGAGAAAAGUGGACACAUAGUUGCUGGUGGCAAUGGUCAAGGAGAUCGGCCGUAUCAACUGAGCUAUCCAACCGAUGCGUUAGUCGAUAAAAACACGGAUAGCCUCAUUAUUUGUGAUCAAGGAAAUAAGCGAGUAUUGCAAUGGUCUCUAUCCAGUGGUACAACUCUCGCAACAAGUGGAAUUCUUGUUGCUGGUGGUUUUGGUGAAGGUCGUGGUCUCAAAGAGCUCAACUGUCCGACCUACCUUUUUGUCGAUCAACAUCAGACUGUCUACGAGUCGGAUAGUCUGAAUCAUCGCGUAAUGAAAUGGAAUACGGGUGUAAAAGAGGGUAUCAUCGUUGCGGGUGGUCGAAAUGUGAGCAAUGCUCGGGCAGAAUUGUGGGACCCAAAAGGAGUGUUCGUCGAUGCGUCGGGCAUCGUCUACAUAGCAGACGUCUAUAAUCAUCGAGUGAUUCGUUGGCCUCAAGGAGCGAAGCAGGGCACUGUUAUUGUUGGUGGAAAUGAUGUAGGAGCAAGAGAAAAUCAGUUUAACGAGCUCGGAGAUUUGUCUUUCGAUCAGCAUGGAAAUCUCUAUACUGUUGAUCAUCGGAAUCAUCGUAUUCAACGAUUUUCUUUGAAAUAA